ACAUCAUCCGGACCAUCAGAGACCCGGAGAAGCCCAACACCCUGGAGGAGCUGGAGGUGGUCAUGGAGAAAUGUGUGGAGGUCCAGGAGCUCCGAGACGAUGAGUACCUGAUCAUAAUCAAGUUCUCUCCGACCGUCCCUCACUGCUCCCUGGCUACUUUAAUCGGUCUGUGUCUGCAGGUGAAGCUGCAGAGGUGUUUGCCUUUCAAACACAAGUUGGAAAUCUACAUUUCUGAAGGAACUCAUUCCACUGAAGAAGACAUUAAUAAACAGAUUAAUGAUAAGGAGCGUGUAGCGGCUGCCAUGGAGAACCCUAACCUGAGGGAGAUCGUGGAGCAGUGUGUUACUGAACCAGACGACUGACUGAGGAGGAGGAAGAUGAUGAUGAUGACGAUGAUGGUGUUGAUGAAGGCCAGAGUGUCUUUUGAGUCUUCACGCAGCUGUUGGCGUCUCCAUUCUGGGACAGUUGGUUGGUGGACUCCUGCUGAGGUCUG